AUGACAAGCCUCCUCCCUCUAGUAGACCUUGCAGGUCUUAAAGGCAAGUGCAUCCUGGUCACCGGCGGAGCAUCAGGUUUGGGGCUGGAAGCGGCCCAACUGUUCGCCUCAAGGGGCGCCUACGUGACCAUUGCCGACGUCCAACCUCCCCUCGACGAAGAUAUUCUCACCAAGGAAGGCCAACACACUCAAUACGUCUACUGCGACGUGAGCGACUGGGACAGUCAAACCGCCGCAUUUCAGAAGGCAAUCUCAUUCUCGCCGACAAAAUGCCUCGACGUCGUGACAGCCUUUGCGGCAGUCGACCCGCUUGAGAAUCUGAUUGACCAGGUCAAGGCCAGCCGGGAAGUGGCGCUAGAGUCGCCGCCGCUUGCUCCCUCGCUCAAGUGCCUCGAUAUCAAUCUGAAGGGGUCAUACUAUUCGGGGGCGCUGGCGUUGCAUUACUUUCAACUCAAGCCGCAAAUUCCACCUGCGCCCUCGGCAUCCGCCGCCGUCACAAAGGCUCUUAUUUUCAUCUCCUCUCUGGCAGGUUAUCUGGACGACGACCACAGCAUCGCCUACACGACUUCGAAAUUCGGCACGAGGGGCCUCUUUCGCGCCUUGCGUCGCCGAGCACGCGACGAGAUGAACACCCGUGUCAAUCUGGUUGCCCCUUGGGCCAUCAAGACGCCGAUGACGGCGCCGAUCAUAAAAGCACUUGAGGGCAUGGGAAUCGAGGAUGGCAGGGGGAUCACAUUUGCGAGCAAGGAGACUUGUGCACAGGCCGUGGGAAGAAUCGCACUGGACGAGACGUUGCAUGGACGUGCAUUCGCCAUCAUGCCGGAAGGAGCAUUUGAUAUCAAAGACGACAUUGAGGGAGGGUACGGUGGUGAGGAACUGAAAGUGCUGAUGUCGUGGAGGAAGGCGGCGGGAGAUUUCCUGCAAGGUUGA